CUCGGCUGCAGAAUGAUUUACUCUUCUGGAAGGGAAUCCUACUUCAACUUGAACUCCACCUGGUAUGACCCUGCAGGUUCCUGGCUGGACACCCGGCGCACCCCCUUCACCUAUGCUUAUAGCACCUGCUGCAGCAGUGGUGGCUGUCCAAGGGGAGGCCAUGAUAACCGAUGCUACGAGUAUCGACGAUCGGGCUGUGGUGAGAAUUGCCAUGGGUCGUCGGGGUCGUGCCACGGCAGUGGAGGCCACUGCUGUGUCAGGAGGCCAUCGUACUUCCAUGGAUAUUCUGGAGGAUGCCACGGCCAUGGGCGGUCGGUCUGUUCUGAGCGGUCAUGCCACGGUUCUGGAUCGUCAUGCCACGGUUCUGGGUCGUCAUGCCACGGUUCUGGAUCUUCAUGCCACGGUUCUGGAUCGUCAUGCCACAAUACCUCUGGAGCAUGCCACAGUACACCAAUUUAUGUGAAGCCAAAACAAUAUGUGCAACAGUGCUGCCCUCCAGUGCAACAGUGCUGUCUUCCAGUGAAAAAGUGCUGCCCUCCAGUGCAGAAGUGCUGAAAACCAAGGCCAAAGCGUCUUCCAAGUCAACAGCUGCAAAAUCAAGUCUGCAAAAUUCCAACACGCAGCUGAAGUGACAGCUACAAGUAACAGCAAUGAAUCUUCUGCUCUCAUGACGUUGCUUUACAUUUCUACAGCUUGGCAUGACUUGUUUCAUUCACAAAUUGCACUUUCUCUGUUGCUUUGAUUAUUAUAACCAGUUAAUGCUUGUAAUGCACUUUGAAGAGGUAACCCACUGUAUAAGUGUGACAUUUUAUCAUUAAGGGCUUUUUCUGAGGGAUCCUUUAUAUUCUUGGGCUA